UCAUUUGGUUUUGUGGCUGGUUUCGAUACAGUGAUUUUUUGCGCGAGUGACUGGCUGCAGUGGAGCGGUUCCUUCAACACAAGCGCGACACUUGGCGAUGGAGCUGAAACCACCAGCUACAGAAGCGUAAUCUCUUACAUUGCCAAAAUUACGGGCGGAAUUAAAUACAACUCUCUGUCUCCGGCCUCUCAAAGGAGAGACAGGAGGUUCAUCAUGUCUGCAAAAGAGAGAUUAAAAGGGAAGGUGACCAAAGACAGCGUUACCUUGCUGCCAUGUUUCUAUUUCGUUGAGCUUCCCAUCCUGGCCUCCUCUGUGGUCAGUCUGUAUUUUCUGGAGCUGACAGAUGUGUUCAAACCAGUGCGGUCGGGUUACAGCUGCAAUGACCGAAGUCUGAGCAUGCCCUACAUCGAGCCCGCCCAGGAGGCCAUCCCCUUCCUCAUUCUCUUCAGUCUGGCCUUCGCUGGACCUGCAGCCACGAUAAUGAUAGGAGAAGGUAUCCUGUAUUGCUGUCUGUCCAGGAAAAAGAAUGGGGUCAAAACAGAGGCCAAUAUCAAUGCAGCCGGCUGCAAUUUCAACUCGUAUAUACGGCGAGCUGUUCGGUUUGUUGGGGUCCAUGUAUUUGGCUUAUGCAUCACGGCUCUCAUCACUGACAUCAUCCAGCUGUCGACGGGUUACCACGCCCCCUACUUCCUGACAGUGUGUAAACCCAACUACACCACGCUCAACAUGACCUGUGACGACAGUUCCUUCAUCAUAGAGGACAUCUGUUCUGAUGGAGCAGACCCAGCCGUCAUCAACUCUGGCAGGAAGUCCUUUCCCUCGCAGCAUGCUACUCUGGCCGCCUUCGCUGCUGUCUAUAUCUCUAUGUACUUCAACGCGACGUUGACAGAAUCCUCCAAGCUGCUGAAGCCCCUGUUGGUCUUCUCCUUCAUCAUGGGUGGCAUCAUCUGUGGGCUGACCCGCAUCACCCAGUUCAAGAACCACGCCAUCGACGUCUACUGUGGCUUCCUCAUCGGAGGAGGGAUCGCCGUCUACCUGGGUCUGUAUGCAGUGGGUAACUUCCAGCCCAGUGAGGACACAUCCAGACAGCAACCCCAGCCUCCCCCGCUCCGCGAGCCCCCCAGGAGCAACACUGUGCCCAACGUCAGCCAGAAUGCAGGUCGCCACCUGCAGCUCAACAGCCUCAACAGCAUGAACAGCCUAAAUAGCGUGAGCACCGCCGACGGCCUCACCGCGGCCCACCCCGAGACCAUCCUGACCCGGGUGCCCUCCUGCCGUGAGUCCAGCUCCCUGAAUAAUCUGAAGAGGGCCAGCGCCGACUUGGAGUGCAUCACCCCGCCGAGUCCCAUGGGUAAACAGGACUGUCUGGUGACCUUUAACAGUAGCACGUUACCCAGGUCACAUGGUGGCUCACUACCCGAGGAGCACCGCGUCCCUCGCCGCCACGCCAGCAUCCACUCCUCCAUGGACUCCACGCGCUCCAAGCAGCUGCUGUCUCAGUGGAAGAGCAAGAACGAGAACCGCAAGCUCUCUCUUCAGGUGAUGGACAGUGGGGUGGUUGUGGGACGCCACCAUUCAACGUCCUCCUCCUCCUCGCCUCAGAGGACCAUGGAGCUGAGGUGCAGCUCUGAGCCAUCUGCCAUGGGCCUGGAGGCGGAGCUCCGUGCUCAGGGACACAUCCCCGCCCAGUACAUGAAGCUGGCAGCCAGCACCGUGCCACUGUCCAACCACCUCCCCCACAACGGGGGCAGCAGUGGCCUGGCAGGGGGGGCCCGCGUGUCCAUCCAGUCCCGGCCAGGCUCCUCCCAGCUCGUCCACAUCCCAGAGGAGACGCAGGAGCACGUCAACAGCGGCACCUCCAGUAGGGAGGACGAGGAUGAUGACGACAGGGAGGAUAACUAUGGCGGCGGUGGGAUUCCUGGUGGGGGAGGCUCGGUUCGCUCCAAGUGGCUGAAGGAUGGCGCCCCCUGCAGGACUAACAGUCUAACUAACCAGCCACGCAUCAUGCAGGUCAUCACCAUGUCCAAGCAGCAGGGUCUGCUUCAGCAUGGCAGCCCCAAGAGCUCCGAGGACGGCAGCGUGGUCAGCUGCACAGGCUCCAUCCAGUACAAGGCCCUGAUGGACCAGGAGCCCGGCCAAGGGAUUGUAAGGGUGGAGGCCCAUCCAGAGAACAAGCCUGUGAUCAAGCCUCCGGACGGCAGUGGCUCCUGGAGGUGGAAGCCCCAGGAGCAGCGUGGCAGCAUCCGCCAGGCCUUCGAGCUCAACGACCUCAACCGCGACUCGGAGAGCUGCGACUCGCUCAAGGACGGCUACGGCUCCUUUGAUGGCAGGAGGAGCCAGACGGGCACCGACACCGGCAGCGAGCGUGGCAGUGGCGGUGGGGGAGGCGGUCACCCACACGUUCACCACCCUCACUACCACCACCAUCACCACCCACACCAAGGCAUCACCACCAUCCGUGUGACCCCUGUGGAGGGACUAGGAGGAGGAAGCGAGGCCGCCUCCGAGACCCUCUCCAUCGCCUCCAGCAGGGAGUCCACCCUGCGGAGAAAAGGCAACAUCAUCCUGCUCCCGGAUAGAGGUCAGAGUCCAGACAACUCCAGGAACUAUUUCAAAGGGACAUCGCCCACACCGCCCCCCACCCUGGGACUGGCCUAUAGAGAGUGAACAGCUGCCCCAGUCAGCCCUUACCCUUACCAUUCCCCCUUACCGCCCAUGUGGUGGCCUAUCUGUCCCCCCAUGAGUGGCCUUCUACACUGGGUCUAGUCUGGAACCCACAAUAGGACCAUUGAACACAUUCAGCUACGACUGUAUAUUAUCAAAUCCAUCAUGGAUUCAGUGGUGUUAAGUGGGCUGGCUUACCUUUUCCAGUGCCAUUCUAAAAGUCAUCAUUCAUUAGCUAGCUCAGUGUGUCUAGUACAGGAAGGCCACUACAGUGUUUUUCCAUUCUGCAAAAAUCAGAUUUUUUUUGUUUUCAGCAGUUUAUUGUUAGACUUGGUUUGAUAGGACCAGAUUAAAUGUAUUGUGUGUGUUCUUUGAGAAAUACAGUAAAAAUAUAUAUAUUUUAAACAUUAAAUAAUGAAGUAAGCUUUAUGUGACAGAUUUUUGAGUGCAAACCCAUUACACCUCUUUGUUUGUCUGAAUUCGCAGGUUUUACACACCAGCCGCGCCAUGGUUCUUUUUUGAUUUGAAAAAGAAACACUAUCACACACAAUGGUCCUUUAAGAAUGCAGGAGAUGCUGGAAUAAUUGCCACAAAGUCAUUUUGCGCACACCUUUCAACCCUUAUUUCAUCACAUAAACUUUCAUCCAUUUGACAAGCACAAGUACUAACUCUUUUAAUACAAUGGCUAUAGUGGUUUGAACUUCGAAUUUGAUACUAUUUGUUAUCAACCUGCAAGAGCCUUUGAUGCCAAUGAACCGUGCAAGUUAUUUAUUAAGUUGAUGGACAUGAUGUUUUCUAGGCCUUUUCCAUUGAUGUUCUGUGCUCUUUCUCAGCAACAUAUAAAUAUCCUUGUGUAAUGUGACCGUGAUUGGGUGUUGCACUGCAUAGCAACGCUGGAGGGGCUUUUCAUAAGACCACUUUCAUACAUACAGUACCAUGACAAUUGUGAAAAGAAAUGUUUAUAUUUUUUGCUAUGUACAUAUUUAUAGUUCUCCGAUUGAUCUGCAACAAUAUUCAGAUGUCUUCAUUGGCUUAUUACUAAUUAUUGAUAGUCUAUUUUAACAAAUAUGUGUUUAUUCAAUGUUGUUGUUUUUAGAACUUUUGCGGGAUAUGAAUUGGUUUGGCAGGUGAUUUAUAACAGAGCAAUGUUUUAAGAAAUCACCAAAUAUUAUCCAUGGGUUGCAAAUUCCGUCAACUUUCCCCAAAUUCCCGGGUUGUCCAGAAAUCCUGGUUGACUUCCCUCACGACUCCAGGGUUCUUCCAACUGGGAUUUCCGUAAAACCUGGGAAUUUUGGGAAAAUUAACAGAAUUUUGCAACCCUAAUUAUCGCUGUGAACACACCAGUUUUUCCCUGUGCUUUAUCCACACAUUGGAUCCCUCGAACAGUAUAAUAUGCUUUUCUUAGCUUACAAGGGCAGCAAAUGAAGUAUGUUAAUAGACUACCAGGGGCAGUGGAUACAGUAUGUAAGACACUAUAUUUCUAGGGGCAGUGGAUACAGUAUGUAAGACAAUAUAUUUCUAGGGGCAGUGGAUUAACUAUGGAAGAUAAUUGCUUACCAGGAGCAGUGGAUACAGUACCUUAAUCAAAUUAGUUUUGCUUAAAGACUGGAAAUUCAAGAGGGACUUUACACUUUGCAUCCUGUAUUGCCUUUGAAGAAGUAUACUAACAAGUAUUCGCUGUUUUUUGAUACAGUGACCUUUUUCCUAUUAGCAACCUGUAUGGUAGUUUAAGAAAAUGUUAGUUUUUUCUGCAAAAUGUUUAACAGCUGUACAAGUUGUUAAUGCUACUUACUGUGCACUCAAAUGAUUUUUAAGUAAAUGUAUCUAUUGAUGAGUGACAUAAAAGGGAAACCGCUCUCGGCAGAGGCUGCUCUUCCUGGUUCAUUGAUAUGCGCACAAUAAUUGAUUUAAUUGUCCAGUUUGAUUUUCCUGAUUGGACAAUGUGGCAGCAGAGCCUGUGCUGGGAACUUUGGUUGCUGUUAGAUCAAAAUCAAUCAUACAUUAGUGUUCCUUGGGCUAUAAUGAACCAUGCACGAUUCAGGACUGAGGAGAGGUUGUAUAAUGGCAAUAGCAUCCCUCUCCCUCCCACAAGAGAACAGUAAACAAGUCAUACUCAGUAUCCAAACUACGUAAGUGAAAAAAGAACAUUACUAACACUACCAUUGGUUAGUGGCACUGUAAUUCUAACAUUACUCUAUGUGAGGAUCCCUAUGUGUGUUAUAUGCUGCCAUUGAACAAUAUAAUUAUUCAAUGAAAACCUUUCAAUGAUUUUUAUCCAGUUUGUUGUGCAAAGGUAGGGCCAUUCAACAAUACAGUACAUAUAGUAUACUACGCUGCAGAGGAAGCUGGUGGGAGGAGCUAUAGGAGGAUGUGCUCAUUGUAAUGGCAGGAAUGGAAUAAAUGGAACGGUAUCAAACACAUCAAACAUAUGGAAACCAUUUUUUUUCAUUCCAGCCAUUACAAUGUGCCUGUCCUCAUAUAGCUCCUCCCACCAGCCUCUGAUAUGCUGAUACCUAUAUAAUGGUGCCAAGAGCUUACUGUUCAUAUACAUCAGGGGUCUCAAAGCCAUUUCACCUGGGUCCACAUUCUGUCUUUAAUAAGGUUAAAUCAAGGUUAGACAACAUGAAAUGGUCUUGUGGGCUGCCUGCGGGCCUUCAGUUUGAGAUCCCUGAUAUACAGUGCUAUGUGCAUAGAACACUACCUUUACUCAUGACACCUGAGAUAGCUACAAUAGUGUUUACACUCGUUUUUACAGUGGUCAUGCCAGUUGCAUUUGGAUUACCAAGAUAAUUCAUGUAGAAAGAGGAGGAAGGGAAGCGCUACUAAGGUACACAAUAGUACAUUUGGUAGACAGAAGGUGCUCUUUGGUGAAAGGGGUAAAUUGGUCAUCAAAAAGAAAGGAGGACCAAGGCACUCUUCAUAUAAUUAAUUAAAAUGCCUUUAUUCGUAUGGCAUGUUCAAUAGAAACAACUUAGAAAGGUAGUUAUAACGUUAAAUAUGACUGGGAGAAGUGUAUUGAGAAGUGUAAUUAAUGUAUUGAGCUUGUUUGUGUUUGUACCAGAGGUUGAAACUGAAAUUAUUUUCCAAUCGUUUUGUUCUGAACAGAACCAACCAUUCUUUUUCUUGUUCCUUUCCACUGUUCCGACCAGCAAAAUAAAGUUCUGAACCGGAUCGAACCCCAAAUAUUGUUCAUAUCGUUCAUUUAUGUUCCUUUCUAAACCUCUGAAAUCAAAGUUUAAAAUAUAUAUUUAAAUGACUUCAUCAAUCAGUGGAUAGAGCAGCUUGCUAUGGAGCUCUCGGUGUUUCCAUUGGACAGACAACUGUAGGGUGCGAGAUGCGACUGAAAUUUUGCGGGUAGGGAGAAAACAAGAGAGGGUGGAGGAGGAGGCUUGGCUUGAAACACUGCGCAUCUUGUUAAGACAUGCAUGAUCUGAAUUAGGCCUACAGAAUUGUACCUUCUAGGGCCUUCUAGGAACAUUGAAUGUCUUUGAACUUCCGAGAAUUGGCUUAACGUUGGACCAGAGCUAGCUAGCAAGCUUGUGUGUUCAGAGCGGCACCAGAAUAAUAAAUAACAAACAUGUCUUACCUUUUUGUAGUUAAUAAAUCCAAUGUGAAAUGUAAUUACUAUAGUAUCCUUAACUAGCAUUGAAAAUGUGAAUCCAUUCUUCUCCAAUUAAAAAUGUUUCUCCCUAAUUUAUGAAUCACUCUAGUAAUGUCAGUAGGCUGCAGUAGCCUAUGCUUCAGAGGGGAGGGGCAGGUAGCCUACACACGUACACACACAGGCAAAGAUUUUCAGCUGGGUCUCCCGAGUGGCAUGGUGGUCUAAGGUACUGCAUCGCAGUGCUAGCUCUGCCACUAGAGAUUCUGAGUUUGAGUCCAGGCUCUGUCGCAGCCAGCCGUGACCGGGAGACCCAUGGGGCGGCGCACAAUUGUCCCAGCGUCGUCCGAGUUAGGGGAGGGUUUGGCCGGAUGGGAUGUCCUUGUCCCAUCACGCACUAGCGACUCCUGUGGCGGGCCGGGCGCAGUGCACGCUGACACGGUCACCAGGUGUACGGUGUUUCCUCCGACACAUUGGUGCGGCUGGCUUUCGGGUUAAGUGGGUAUUGUGUCAAGAAGCAGUGCGGCUUGGUUGGGUUGUGUUUCGGAGGACGCACGGCUAUCGACCUUCGCCUCUCUCUCGAGUCCGUACAGGAGUUGCAGCGAUGAGACAAGACUGUAACUACCAAUUGGAUACCACAAAGUGUUUUAAAAAUAAUAAUAAUGUAAGACUUUCAGCUGGCAGUCAGGCAGACACUGGAAUAUGUUUCUGAGUGACAGAGUGAGGGCUUUGCAUAGGCACUUUGUAUCAUUUUUUUGUGGGACAGAAAAAAAAUGCUUGGAGCAUAAAAUAACGUUAUUAAACGGUUCCCAUCCUUUUAAAAUAAGAGUUAUGUUCCGGAACAGUAUAAAUCACUUUCAUUCCCGGUUCUGAUUCUGUUCCUUGAAAAAUGUUGUUAAUUUCUAGUUUUCGGUUCUGUUCCCUGAGCUGGUUCCAAUACCUGGUUUGUACACAAUAAUACAAAAGUAAGACUGGAUGUAUAAAAUGUAGAUAUUGUUGAACAUUUCUAUCAAUAAUCAAGGUUUUCUUUUUUUUCAUUGAAACUGAAUUGAUAUUAUAUAAAUAUUACACAUAUUUUUUACAUCUCAAAGGGUAUAUUAGCAGUGACAACUGAAGGGAAAAAGUUGUAUAUUUUCCUGUAUACUUGUACCUUCCAUGAUGGCUUUAAACUGUGGUCAUAUCUGCAUGGUAAUUUGAUAUGUACUGUAUCUAAAGGCUUAUUUUCUGUAUAUGACACCUUUUGAAAGUUAUGGCUGGUACCUUGAUUUAUACCUACUCAAUUCAUCAAUCAAUCAACCAAUUGAUUAACUCUUCAUUCUUUCUAUUACUGUAAAUACAAUCUUUGUAACUUUGCCAUGCAGACAAAGCUGUUACAGUGUAGAGUAGGUAGGACAACAUAUCUACAGAAAGAAAUCAGGUUUGGCAGAAGAAGAUGUUUGACGUUUAGGCAGAGGAGGUAUUUGUAUAGAGUUGAGAGCAUAGAAAUAGAAUUUAUAGAAAUAUAAUUAUAUUUAUAGAAAUAUAACAUAAUAUAAAUAUAGUCAUUAUAUUUCCAUGGUUGCUAGGUCAGUUGGCUUUAUUAUACAUCUGUAACAUUGGCCUGUGUGCAUUCAGAAUAGACGUGGUGAUUGGUGGAUAGCGUUGUUGCUAACGAAACAGAAGUCUCAGUCAGAAGUCACUCUGUAUUUCACCAUUCUAUGAGGUCGACAAUGUCUAAAUAUUGAAAUAAAUGUUUGAUAUCAAACUA